AUGAAACAUCUUCUUUACCAAUACCCUUUCAUCUUGGCCAUCUACUGCUUCUGCAUGCUGCAGACUCCGUCCUCAGGAUUUCCUCAACCUUCAGCUGAUCUUCCAGAUGGCUUGGAUAUUGUGCAGCUUGAGUGGCUGGCACAUUGUCUGAGUCAGUGGAAAACUCUUUCUAGCCAACCUAAGGGUAAGCAAGACAUAUACAAAAGGUUUUUAUUUCACUACUCCAGAACUCGGGAGCCAGCACAUCCAGUUAAAACCGGGUCCCCUCCUCUGCACCCUUUAGUGAGCCUGGCUGCAAAGCUCGCCGACAGCAGGAUGAAGAGAUUUCUGCGGCGAGAUUCACAGGCUGCUGCAGUGGACUUUAUCAAGAAGGAUCACACCGCCCCCUUGGGACGACCGUUUUUCCUUUUCAGGCCAAGGAAUGGAAGGAGCAUUGAAGACAAGGCCCGGUAG